CGAUAAGCCGUCGCUGCCGCUCCGAGAAGCAGGUGCAGGUGCCCCUUGCGUGGCGGCCAAUUGCGCGACUCGCUCCACCUUCGAGCUGUGUGGCACACGACAUCGGUAUCGCUGCGCACGACAGCUCCCGCAGCGACUGACGAGUCUGUGGAGAGGCUUGGCACGCGGCGUUGAUGAGGCUGGCAAAGGUAUAAGAGGCAGACCUUCUCGCCUCCAACAGCCGUCCCUCAUCACCUCCAGUUCUCUCUCCUCGACCCCAAGCAUCCACAAUGGUCCGCAUCUCGAUCGCCGCCUCGCUCCUGGCCUUUGCCGCCUCGGCCCUCGCCCUCUCGACGGAGCGUGAUGCACCCACGACGCUCUGCGGUGCCACGCAGACGAUCGCCGCGGAGGACGAGGCCGCGGUGCAGCGCCAGAUCAGCAACAUGCGCUCGCAGCGCAGCGCUGGUAGCACGGCUCUCCGCGCUGGCACUGUGCCCGUCGCCGUCCACAUCAUCACCUGCAACGGCCGCGGUGACAUUUCCGACUCGCGGAUCCAGCAGCAGAUUGGCAUCCUCAACUCAGACAUGGGCAACACUGGUUACUCGUUCAGCCUCUCGUCGAUCGACCGCACGGCCAACUGUGACUGGUUCAACGGCGUCAACCAGGGCACCACUCAGGAGCGCCAGAUGAAGUCGGCGCUGCGUCGCGGCGGCGCCUCGACGCUGAACUUCUACACGGUGGAGUUCACCGGCGGUCUCGUCGGUUACGCCACGUUCCCGAGCUCCUACCGCAGCAAUCCGACCAACGACGGCGUCGUGAACCACUUCGAGAGCGUUGUCGGAGGCUCCCUCUCGCCUUACAACCUUGGCACCAUCCUGACGCACGAGGUCGGCCACUGGGUUGGUCUCUACCACGUUUUCCAGGGCGGUUGCUCGGGAUCGGGCGACCUGGUGUCGGACACGCCUCCGCAAUCGACCAUUUCGCGCGGCUGCCCGGUCGGACAAGACUCCUGCUCGGGCGGAGGCGUGGACUCCGUGCGGAACCACAUGGACUACAGCCAGGACUCUUGCCGCAACCAGCUCACGGCCGGUCAGAUCGAGCGCCUGCAGGCCCAGAUGAGCCUGUACCGCGGCAUCUAA